UCACAACAGGCUGGAAAGGCGUGCUCUCGGCCAAUGGGACGGCGCGUCGCUGCGUCACGUGGCCUUGUAUUUAUGUAAUGUAAAUGGUGUUACACAGUAACCCAGCUCCGAGGCUGAGUGUGCACGUCGGGUUAAGAUCGGACACGGACCUCGGUAUAACAAAUACCUAUAUGUGCACCUCUUCUUCUUCUUCUUCUGCGGGUCGUGCAUGGAGUCCGGGGCCGAUCGCUGGACUGGAGCUGACUUCUGAUUCUCCCUGGCUCUCUCUGCUCCAGCUGCUCUGAGAGGGGGAGCUGCUGUGCGCGCCCCGAGGUGAAAACACCACGUUAGCCCUGGAAAUGGACCAUGCCAGUUUAAUACGUAAAUGAACAUUACUGAGGUGAGCGUGUGACAGCUGGAGUUAGCAUUUAGCAGCGCUGGACAGGAGCCGGUGGGUGAUCACAGAGGAGGGGGACACACCGACGGGGUCUGGCUGCCAGUGGGUUAUUUAAAUGGUCCGCGCACGACCACCACUGGUACCACUUCUUAUAAAACCGUCCACGUCUCCACGGAGCUGCGUCUCUUCCCCUUCUUCUGUCCGACACGGCCGCAUCCAGUCCUCCCCAUGGACCUGCUGGAGUGUCCGCUGUGCCUCUUCCUCAUGUCCGAGCCGGUGACCGUGGCGUGCGGCCACUCGUUCUGCCGGAGGUGCGCGGUCGGCGGGUUCCUCCCGUCCAAGUGCCCGGCGUGCAAAGCCAGGCUAAAACAAAGGGAGGUGAGGGCCACCAAGAACAACGUCCUGCUCAUCAGCGUCGCGGGGAAGUGCUGCCCGGACCAGACCCUGAGCACGUGCCACAUCCAGGAGAAGCUGAGAGCCGGCGCCUUCUCCGAGGCUCUGCGCAUCGCCAGCGAGGGGCUGGACGAGGCCCCAGAUGACCUGAGCUUGAAGUUGUACAGAGCAGAAGCUCACUGCGGCCUGAUGCGUUUCUCUGAUGCUCUCACAGACCUCGACUACCUCUGCUGCCUUCGACCCAACUGGACCGAGGGCUUCUUUCGUAAAGGGAAUGUACUGCUGGAGAUGGGUCAGCAGACAGAGGCUCUCAUCCAGUUCCACCACUGCCUCAAACUGCAAGCCGACUUUGUUCCUGCAAAGAGUCAGAUCAAGAAGAUCCUGGAGGCAGAGGGCAUGGCUGUGCCGGAGGAGGUGCCCUGCAUCCUGCAGGUUGUGUCAGAGUACCUGAAAGACCCCUGCCCCAUCACCAGCCUCAGUGGCUCUCAGGGGCCGAUGCACCCCGAGGCCCUCAAACAUCCACUUGGGGAAGAGGGAGAGGGUAAAGGGAGGAGAGAGACACACCAGGUGAAACACGACACGGGUACGGAGUGCUGCCUCAGCCUCUGCCAGGCUGUGUCCUUCCUCCCUGCAGCUGAAGAGGACGAGGAGAUGAUGAUGAGGAAAGAAGAUGAACAUGACAGACUUGAAAGUAUUCAGCGCCGAGAGAAAACUCUGGGUGUUCUCAUGGUGUCCGAUUUCGAGUGCCCCCUCUGCAUUAGGCUGUUCUUUGAGCCGGUCACGACUCCCUGUGGUCACACCUUUUGUAAAAACUGCAUCGAGCGGAGUCUGGACCACAACCUCCGCUGUCCACUCUGCAAACAGCCACUGCAAGAGUAUUUAAAAAACAGGAAGUACAACCCCACGCUUCUGCUUCAGGACAUCAUGAACUAUCGUUUCCCAUCACAGUUGGCUGAGAGGAAGCAGGUGCACGAUGCCGAGAUGGCUGAACUGUCCAAUCUAAAUAAGGACAUCCCUAUAUUUGUCUGCACGGUGGCGUACCCCGGAGUCCCCUGCCCCCUGCACAUCUUCGAGCCUCGGUACCGGCUGAUGAUGCGCCGCUGCAUGGAGACAGGCACCAAGAAAUUUGGCAUGUGCAGCUAUGAGCACGGCAAAGGGUUUGCUGACUAUGGCUGUAUUCUGGAGAUCCACAGUCUGGAGCUGCUGCCUGAUGGACGGUCUUUUGUGGACACUGUGGGUGGCAGCAGAUUCAGGGUGGUGAAGAGAGCUCAGAGAGAUGGCUACCACACUGCUGACAUAGAGUACCUGGAGGACCUCAAGGUGGAUGACAGUGAGUUAGAGCUUUUGCAGCGUCUCCAUGACAGUGUGUACCAGCAGGCUCAGGAAUGGUACCUGCGCAUGGGCAGCCGCAUUCGCGAGCAGAUCAACAGACAGUACGGCACCAUGCCAGAAAAGGAGGAAGACAUUCAGUCCUCAACCAAUGGUCCAGCCUGGUGCUGGUGGCUGCUGUCUGUCAUGCAGCUGGACCCAGCCUAUCAGACCACUGUCCUGUCCCUGACCUCGCUCAAAGACCGCCUGGGACACCUCCGCCUCGUCCUCGAGUACUUCUCUCAGAGCUAGACUCCGCAGCACAGCGUUUUACAUGCGCACGGAUCAAUGGAGUGAAACCAUUGAAUGCACUCACACCACAGAGUUUUGGGACUUUUUUCAUUUUUUUUUUUUGACUACUCUGAAUCAUAGAUUGACUGUUAUAAAAUCACAGCUCAAGGCCAAAUCACCUUGUCGAAAGGUGAAAGGGUUGUUGUCUUACAAAACGGAGCAGUUGUGCGGGGGUUGGAUUUUUGCUGUUUGAAUUUGCAUAGGUUUUCUUUCUUACACCAUCUUCUUCCCUGGGAAUUCAAAUUUUUAGAGUCGUGUCUGAACGCACACUGUACUUAAUUGCAGGGUUGACCAAAGAUGCUUCUUAUUUAUGGUCAUCAACAAGUGGUUAAUUAUUAUAAUAUUAUUAUUUGUGGAUAAAGUAAGUCGUUUUCUAAAUAAUAUUAUGGAAAGUCAACACUAGGUGUCACUGUUUUUUCACCAGGUAUUACAAACAUGGAGAACAUGCAACAGGAUCACCUGAGCUAGUACAGUAUAGUGACUCAAUUCCAUUUAAACUCUUUGCAUUAGUAUAGCUAAGUUUGAAGUGAGAAUAAACAUUACUAAAACACAAUUAGUGCAGAGGUUUUCAGGACUAUGCACGUCAGAGGAUUAGAGUUCAUGCAUUGCGUCUGAUUAUUUGGAGUGAUUAUCAUUUGCUGGAGGGCUUUAUUUGUAACACUUGCUAUUUAGUUGCAACUAUUGGCCUUGGCAGCAAUUGACUGACUCAUUUUAUGCCAUUUAGUAAUCCCAAAAGAUCCCUAUUUCCUAUUAGUAAAUAUCGCAAUAAUGAUUUGAAGUGUCACUUGGAAUAGCACCAGCUAGAGGCGAUUUUUUUUUUAUAUGAAUAACUCUGCUGCUGUCGUCAUUUUCUGGUGAAAAAAUGAAAAAAUUGAGGAGAUUGAUUUGGUCAAUUCAGGCGUACCAGCUUUGUUUUAUACGUAUGAGCCAGUGUGAUUAUGUGUGUGGAUUUGUCUGGUGUGGAUGCAGCACUUUAUGUUUGAGUUUCAUCUGUAAAGAAAGAGUUACUUUUGUCAGUCAACGUGAUAUUGUGUGAGCACCGAUGACAGCUGCCUUGAAAUGCAGAGACGCAGCGUGUAACAUCUCCUGUGCAGGGACAGGUGUAGAGUCUGAGGCUGAGUCCCCCUGCGGUGGCUCUGUAUGGGUGGGCCACCACACCUACUGUACCUCCGGCCCCUCACUCUGUCUCCGUGCGUGUGUUCGGCCCUUCUAACAACGCACCAUGGUGCCUCCGAGUGCCUGGGCCACACAACCUGGAGACCUGCAAGUCUCAGUCAUAACAUUAUAAGGACAUAUACGUGAUUUUUGCCAUCUUCAUAUUUUUAGUGCUACAUUCCAUAGAAUGUUAAAUCUGCAAUGUUACGUGGAGCUAUUUCACAAUCACUAACAAACACGGGCUUAACUGGGUGAAGUAAGAAUUGAUGUGGUUUAUUUUGUACUUUGAUACAUUUUUUCUGUGUAAUGUGUUUAGAAGCUAGCGUUUAACUUUCUGUAAGUGCACGGACACUGACAUCGAUUUCACCAUCAAAGUGUGCAUGCGAGGCUCCACACAACUUGACAAGGGAAGCAACAGUGCAUGCACUCCUCCGCAGGAACGAUAAAAGCUGUAUAGUAAGAACAACUAUGUGUCCACAAAUUUAACUGAGGCCUUAUAAGGACAGUUUGCGGAAUGAAAUCAGUGUUCGUCUUCAGCACAGCCUGAAUUUAGGCUUUGGCCCUCAUGCCUUUUGUAUGGUGGAUAGUGAACGAUCGUGUUUUCGUGGCCAACAUAUCACUUUUAAACAGAAUCAGACUUAGUGCACCAAUCACGCUUGAACAGUAAGAUUCUGCCUAAUGUUGUGUGUGUGUGUAUAUAUAUUGUAGCUUAGAAUACUAGAGGACAAAUGGACGGACUGAUGGACAAUGGGGCAGCAAUGACUAUCUGCAUAACUACGACCUGGGAACUAACAUUUUACUUGAGGAGAACAAACACUGUUUUUUACUAUUUCUUAACACGGGAUUGUUUGACGUCAAAGUUUUUGAAGCCAUCUGGGAAUGAGAUCAGAGCCUCGAGACUUUAAUGUGCCAGUUACCACAACUUUUCUCCACAGCUGCUGGUUUCACUGAAAAACAAAAAGCAUGCACCAUAAAACUCCAUUUCCUGCAACCGCUCACUCGAAUCAAAAAGGGAUGAAUUUUUGAAUGUCCAGCCUCGUGAGCCUUUGUGGUGAACACAUGACGUGACAGCAAUACAUGAGUCCACGGCCACUCAGGUGAACUUCACCUCAGAGAAAAUCUUAUUUUUGCAAAGUGACAUUAUUUUGUGUUCUGCUGCUCAGAAGUAGUUCUCACAUGUUUUUGUCAUGCAUAUUUCUUUGUAUUACUUCAAUUACUUGAAGAUACCACCCGUCAUUGAAUAAAAUGGUGAAUUACUGUUUAUUGAUCACA